AUGCUCGUCAAAUUUGUCGCCGAACCUGGGUAUGUCUUCCGAAAUUAUUAUUGUUCUUGGUUUAGAUUGACGGUAAAAUUAAAGGAGAAGGUGCGAUAGACUGCGUAAAUUCUUCUUCUCACAAUAUUUAGGUUUAUUGCAAGCUUUACAAACCAUUUCUACGAUUAUUGGGCUGUUUUCCUUGUUCAUCCCAUAUUGCUGUAGUGUAUUUUGAAAAACUGAUAUUACUCGAAGAAAAUCAGAGUUGAAGGUGAGAAAAUCACUGAGAAGUUAGCUUAGAGCAAUAUCAAGGUGUUUUAGAGGAUCAACUCAAUCUCUAACAGGUUUUUGGAAAAAUAUGGACAAAUUUAUAUUGUACAUGAGAUCUUGAACUAAAAGUACCCGUAAAAGUUUUAAUACGGUGUUAUACAGCCAUUUUUUAGAUUGAGUACCUAGAUUAGGUCUUCCUUUUGCUCUUGAGUUGUUAAAACCCCUACAUUUUUUUUGAUUUUAGAGCGACUCCUGAGCACAUUUUGAUCGAGGUCCAAGGAGCAAUUGAACCCCCAAUGAAACCGGCGGGAAAAACAGUUCUAUUCCUUUACUGGAAGGACCCAACGACGGCCGUCUGUCUAAUUGGCCAUUACAUGCUUGAAGGCUCAUUGAAGAAGCUGGAGAAGCCCUUCCUUGUCGUGGAUACCAGAUCAGUAAAACCAACGGGAGAAGGCGAAUAUAACUGCCGAGUGGCCUGUGUGAUCAGACAGAAAAUGGCAUUCAAGUCCAGGCCGAAGCCUAUUCUUUGUUGA